AUGACCAAAAAACGCGGUUCAAAAACUAAUAAUGCAACAACUGGAGAGGGAGAAAUUAGUAGUAGUGGCUCUUUAACCUUCAAAAAUCAGUUAGGAAAGUUUGAUUCUAUUAGUGGUGAUUACUUUGCACUUGUCACCCCUGGUGUAGACCGGCAUCGUCUACGAGUAUUUGACCGAAUUACCGGAAUAGUGAAGAAUGACUUUUCCUCCGAGAAAGAAUACAAAUUUACUUGCUUAACUUGGGGUGAGAUUUCCUCGGGUGAGGAGAUAAAUGACGAAUCCGAGUUGUCAUCUUCAUCGAAACCGAAUAAAAAUGAAAAACCGUACAUAUCAAAAAAAUUCAAAGUCAUUGCACUUGGUCUACAAAAUGGUUCAAUCGUAAUAUACUCUCUAUCCCACGACAAAAUAAUAAGUAACUUAAAGGGAGCUCAUACAUCGCAAAUAAAUGAUUUUGUUUUUACAAGAGAUGGAAAAAGAGGUUUCUCAUGUUCCGAUGACCUUUUAAUUGUCGAAUGGAAUAUUGAAGAAAGAAAUGUUGUUAGUAAAUGGAAGGCUGAUUCAAAAGUUACCAAAAAACUCGCGCUGUCUCACAAUCAAUCAAGGUUAAUCACUACCGGAUACACAAUAAAGUUAUGGGAUUUGAACUCUAAGAAGGUGAUUAGAAAUUACACUGGACAUACGAGUCUCAUUAACAAUAUAAUAUUUAUGGCGUCAGAUAAUAUGUGUAUAUCAGCCGCUGAGGAUGAUCGUUUCAUUAAUGUCUGGGAUUGUCAAGGAAAUAUUGAAGGGGGCGUAAAUUUAGCGGCUUUGGUAAUAGAUUCAAAUAUCACGAGUAUUUCAAUCUCGUCAAAAGACAUUCUUUUCGUAAUUUCUGAGGACGGAAUUAUGUAUCUUUUUGAUAUUAAAACAUUAAAGAAUCUAUCUUCCUUGUCGAGCAAGAAAAAAAAACAUCUUGAUGAUCGGUCACCUAAAUGUGUUAUAAAAGUUUUGAGUGAAGGAAAAGGAGAAACAAUACCAAUUCUUGGUGCUUUUUUUAUCGAGAAAGAGGAAGACAAAUUUCCUUCCAUUGUUAUUGCAAGAGGAAGCACUGUGAAACCGAUAUUUGAUAUUGUGGAUCUUGAUAAAGAACGAAAUAAUAAAAAAUCUUUACCUCCCGAAAUAAAUUUAAUGAGGCCACCACAAACUGGUUUUCUACUGGGAGAAUCUAAUUUAGCUGCAGCGAAUUUGAAAGUGACCCAGAAACAAUAUGAUGAGUCAAAUACUAAUGUUUUGGGAAGCUCAAAUGUCGGUUUACCAAAGCUUUCCCUCGCCAUUGAACUCGACGAGACACCGCCAAAUAAAAAACCUGACAAUCCCGUCUCUGUGGGAUCAAUUAAUAAUAUAACUCUCGCACAAUCACGUUUCAAUAAGCCUACAAAAAUCUCUAAUAGUUCCGAAUUCACAAUAGUCGAUGCAAACUCAUUACAAAAUGUGCUGAUGCAGGCUUUACAUUCUGACGACACCAUUGUGUUGAAUAGGAUUUUGUACACAACAAAACCAGAAGUCAUGAAAAAUACUGUGAAAAAAUUACCCGUAGAAUACGUCAUUCCACUAAUAGAAAAGAUCGUAGAGAAUUUUCAAACGAAACAAAAUCCAGAAAUGGGGAUUUUAACAUGGAUGAGUCAAAUUUUACUGGAACACACUGCUUAUUUGAUGACGGUACCAGAUUUAGUCAGAAAACUCUCAAAUUUUUAUCAAGUUUUGGAAACGCGUUUACAAGGAUUCAACAAGCUUCUAAGCUUUCAUGGGCGUCUUGAAAUGGUCAUGCAACAAAUUUCAAUGCGGCAACGAUAUGCUGCUGAGAGAUUUUCGGAUAGUGAUAUCGCAAAUUCGGCAAAGACAAUUUAUGUUGAAAGCGAAGAUGAUGAUGAUAACGAUCAAAAUAUGGAAGCAUAUGAAAAUGAAGGAAGAACGAAGAGAGAUUGA